UUAAAUCGGAAGGGAGCUGCUUCUCUGUGGUCUUGACAAGCGCUGCCUGGGCUCCGCCGGCUCAGUAAUAACUGAGUGACCUUUUCUUUGGCUGUAUUAUGUCUGGCUGGGAAGGGAUUGUAUUUUGCAGCUGAGAGCCGGGGCUUCCUUCAGCUCGGCUCCUCGCGUGCUGCUGGGGUAAGUUGUUUUGAGCCAGGACGGAGAGAGACAGCCUCGGACUGCAGUUGCCUAAAAGGAGGACACCUGUGGCUCAGAUGCGGUCAACACCAUUACUUGGCGGAUCCUUGAGGACCUCAUUAUUUUAAACUUAAAAAAUAGAGAUUUCCCUCCCCCUCUUUUUUUUUUUUUCAAACAAUGCUUCUUUUUGACCUUUCCCAAGGAGAAGCACUACAAAGCAGCCACUGUGCUUUCUGAACGGCCUCCCCCUGUAUCGCUUAAUUGAGAAGGUAUACAAAUGCUCUCAGUCCAGCCAGACACCAAGCCGAAAGGUUGUGCUGGCUGCAACCGAAAGAUCAAGGACCGGUAUCUUCUAAAGGCCCUGGACAAAUACUGGCAUGAAGACUGCUUGAAGUGUGCCUGCUGUGACUGUCGCUUGGGAGAGGUGGGCUCCACCCUGUACACUAAAGCUAAUCUUAUCCUUUGUCGCAGAGACUACCUGAGGCUCUUUGGUGUAACAGGGAACUGCGCCGCCUGUAGUAAGCUCAUCCCUGCCUUUGAGAUGGUGAUGCGGGCCAAGGACAACGUUUACCACCUGGACUGCUUUGCAUGUCAGCUUUGUAAUCAGAGAUUUUGCGUUGGAGACAAAUUUUUCCUAAAGAAUAACAUGAUCCUUUGCCAGACGGACUACGAAGAAGGUUUAAUGAAAGAAGGUUAUGCACCCCAGGUUCGCUGAUCUAUCAACAUCACCCCAUUAAGAAUACAAAGCACUACAUUCUUUUAUCUUUUUUGCUCCACAUGUAUAUAAGAAUUGACACAGGAACCUACUGAAUAGCGUAGAUAUAGGAAAGCAGGAUGCUUAUAUGGAAUAAAAGGCGGACUGCACCUGUACGUAGUGAAAUUGCCCCAGUUCAGAGUUGAAUGUUUAUUAUUAAAGAAAAAAGUACUGUACAUAUUGCUGGAUUUUUUUGCUUGCUAUUCGUUUUUGUGUCACUUGGCAUGAGAUGUUUAUUUUCGACUAUUGUAUAUAAUGUAUUGUAAUAUUUGAAGCACAAAUGUAAUACAGUUUUAUUGUGUUA